AAAAAAAUUUUAAAAAGUCACUCUCUGUCAGGCAAGAACUAGAGGAAAAGGCACCACUUCUCUUGAACUCACACCUCACCAGGGUGCACAGCUUGAUAAAUUGAGCACAGGCUAGAUUACAUAGGCUGGAUUUCAGCAUUCACUCUUCCCUUCAGGAGCCUUUGUGCAGUGCACAAAUGGGACAAUGCUCCUGCAGCCUUGCUAAUCAGAAGAGUGUUAUUUGCAAUUAAUUUAUCAAAGAAACACAUUUGAAAUGUAAAAUUUCCAGUAAGAGUUUACUAAUUUUCUUGAAGUAAAACAAAAACAAAAACCUCAGCAAACAAUAUUCUCUUUUACCCACUUGGAUUUGACAGACUUUUUUCAGCUUUAAUGAGGUCUAAUUGACAAAAUUAUAAGAUAUUUAAAGUAUACAAUGGGAUGAUACACAAUAUUGGUAAGCAAAAUCCCAUAAACAAGCUGACCAGCCACUGUGCUCUUUUUCUCCCUCAAGAGAAGAAAAUAAACACAAUUUUAAGAAAUCUUCUCUAUACAGAAAUUUGAGAAUAUUAAUGCCCAGUGUUAGCAUAGUGAACAUAGUCUGCACUCUUUGGGAUCUUUGGAAUUCAUUUAAGGUUUCUUUGUACUCUAAUAUAACAACAGUAUUUUACAAAUGUUCCAUGACCUUUCAAAAAGAUACGUUCCCUGUAUGGAGGCAAGAGAGUUUGAAAUAUAUUUGCUUAUAAAUGUAUGCUUUUUUGUUAAUAUUGUGCAUAUAUUAUAUGGAUUCUCUAUAUUCUUACUUAUCCCCUGGAUCUAAUGACUUAGGAUAUAGUAUAAUACCCAUUAGGUCAGGGAGAAAGGUCUCAUUAAUGAUUUUAUAUCCCUGGCACUUAGCACAAUAUGUGAAACAUAGUAGACAUUCACUUAUUAAAUGAAUAAAUUAUUUGGGGCUGCAAAACGGGUUGGAAUGCAAUUGUUCCCAACUGCCCAUUCAAACAAAAGAUGAAUGUUUAUCCUUUAUACUUUCUCCCUAUUUGAAUCCUCCAACCUGGAAUCAGUGCUGCAUUUCUUCCUGAAGCUAUACUUCUCUCCAACUUAAGUUUUGAAGGCAGGUUCUACUCAGACCUUAUGUUGGUCUUAAAAGCUUUUAAAAUAUAAACACACAAAACAAAAUGAUUGAAAAGGCAUAAACUAAAAUAUUGAUGUGGUUUCUCUCUAGGUGGUUGUUUUUAUUUACUUAAUUUUGCUUUUUUUUUGGUAUUUUCUAGAUGUUCUAUAAUGAACAGGCAUUGCUUUUGUAGUUAAGAGCAGAAAGAAAAUGUGCGAUUAGAAAUAUCACUCAUUUUUUUUCUCUGACAUUUCUACUCUCUGGUUCAAGUUCUACUUAUUGACAGCAUACAGAAAUAGAAAAUUCACUCCUCUAGAUGGAGAUCCCAUUAAUAUUUAAAUGGACGUCUCAGAUUUCUUGAGUCUUCUUUAAAGUUUCCUUCAAAGCUUUGUCACGUGGUUCCCAGAUCUUUCACCAUCUUGUUUGUCUCAUGAACAUAGCCCCAUGGAUAUGGGUAGUCCCAGUGGAUAACCAUUUAAAAUAGAGGUCCAAGAACUGGAUACGAUAUUUUCAGAUGCAGCCUGAUUCACACAAGGUACAACAGAAUCUCCCUUGGUUCAUAAUAUGGUUCCACUAUUACAGCCUACAAUAGCACUAGCAUUUUCAGUGCCCAUGACAAUAUUGACUCACAUAGAAUGUACUAAAAUUUCCGUCUUUUUCAUUCCUUUGUCCCCUUUGUCUGUUUUUAUACAACUAGGUAGCAUCCACACAUAGCUGUCUCACCUGUGCUUUUCCUGUCUUCCCUCCUCAAGCAGGCCGCAGAUGGUGGACCUAAGGAAUGGGAGCACAGUGACAGAGUUUAUCCUCGUGGGCUUCGAGCAGAGCUCCUCUUCCACUCGGGCAUUGCUCUUUGCCCUCUUCCUAGCCCUCUACAGCCUUGCCAUGGCCAUGAAUGGCCUCAUCAUCUUCAUCACCUGGACAGACCCCAGACUCAACAGCCCCAUGUACUUCUUCCUUGGCCAUCUGUCCUUCCUGGAUGUCUGCUUCAUCACCACCACCAUCCCACAGAUGCUAAUCCACCUGGUGGUCAAGAACCACACUGUCUCCUUUGCCUCCUGCUUGACCCAGAUGUAUCUGGUUUUUGGUGUAGGUGUGGCCGAGUGCAUCCUCUUGGCUUUUAUGGCCUAUGACCGUUACGUUGCUAUCUGCCACCCACUCAGCUAUGCACAGAUCAUGAGCCGGCAGGUCUGUGUAAAGCUGGUGAGUACUGCCUGGUUCUUUGGGCUGAUCAAUGGCAUUCUGCUUGAUUAUAUGACAUUUCGUGGUCCAUUCUGCAGAGACAACCACAUAGAAAACUUCUUCUGUGAGGCCCCCAUAGUGAUUGCCCUCUCUUGUGGAGACCCCCAGUUUAGCCUGAAAAUGAUCUUUGCCGAUGCCAUCGUGGUGCUGCUCAGCCCCAUGGUGCUCAUUGUUAUCUCCUACGCCCGCAUCCUGGCCUCCAUCCUUGGCAGAACCUCCUCCUCAGGUCGGGGGAAGACCUUCUCUACUUGUGCCUCCCAUCUGACUGUGGUCAUCUUUUUCUAUACCUCAGCCAUGUUCUCUUACAUGAAUCCUCGCAGCACACAUGGCCCUGACAAAGACAAGCCUUUCUCCCUUCUCUACACCAUCAUCACCCCCAUGUGCAACCCCAUCAUCUAUAGUUUCCGAAACAAGGAAAUGAAGGGGGCCAUGGUGAGGGCCCUUGGGAGGACCAGCCUGGCCCAGGCAGAAUCUAUCUAGUGGGAAGACUCCUGGAAGAGAGGUCUC